GACACGCGCACUCUUUUAACAUACAAGCUACCCCACGCGCGUCUUCAUUCGCUCAUUCAGUCCCUCAUAGUCACUGAAAUAGUGUCGUGAAUAUCCGUUCAAGUCCCUUCGGAAUAUUUUCAAGUGCACGCGGGCAUUUCUGGGAGUGCGAUCCACCGUUUGCCGGAGGGAAAACUGAAUUUCGAAAUUUCAAAUUUUCGAGAGGAAAAGGCUAUAAUCAUGGGAAAGAUCGCGCUUUAUUUUGUUAUCAUCGUCAUCGCAAUGGGAAUUCUCGGGGAUGCGUGCGAUCUCGAUCAAAUGAGACACGGCUGUCGGAUUUUCAAUAAUCAGUGUAGUUGCGGGUACGGGUGCAGAGCGGAGUACAGAUAUGACUCGAAUGAGUCCUGUAAAAUGGCUCUGAAAGGUCGACGCCACGAUAUUUGCAGUCGUCAGCGGCCGUGUCUUCAUGACGGCUCGUGUCUUCAGAUUUCACAAGAGCCUGGAUACAAGUGUCAAUGCGAGGGCACUGGAUAUUACGGCGCACGCUGUGAUAGACCGUGCCCCGGGCCAAACAGUCUGAAAUUCCGUGGACCAUUCCCAUACGAGUGCGUCGUUAUCUAAAUUCUAUAAAAUUGUCUCCCCAAACAAAACUACGAUGCAUGUGUUUUUUUCUCUCCGUUCCACUUACUUCGUUAUCACCAGAAAGAAUAGCAUUCUGUUUCCCCAAUGAUACUCUGUACAUAAAACAAUAAAUGAUAGAUGAAAUUACCCGAUCA